ACACCGACUGAACACGCAACAACACCGACUGAACACGCAACAACACCGACAGAACACGUAACAACACCGACUGAACACGCAACAACACCGACAGAACACGCAACAACACCCACUGAACACGCAACAACACCGACUGAACACGCAACAACACCGACUGAACACGCAACAACACCGACAGAACACGUAACAACACCGACUGAACACGCAACAACACCGACAGAACACGCAACAACACCGACUGAACACGCAACAACACCGACUGAAGGCGCAACAACACCGACAGAACACGCAACAACACCGACUGAACACGUAACAACACCGACUGAACACGCAACAGAACCGACUGAAGGCGCAACAACACCGACAGAACACGAAACAACAACGACUGAACACGCAACAACGCCUCCUGUAACAUCGCAUACUGGAGGCGUAACAAGACCUUCCCGAGGAGUAACAACAACUAGUGAAUACGUAACAACGUCUCCAGAAGACGUAACGUCACAGACUGUGACAACUAUGACCACUAAAGACGAAGAAGGAAUAGCUACUGAAAGUUUUACGUUGCCAUCAACUCAGUCAGUAACUACGCAAGACCUUAUAGAACAAACAUCACCCGGAACAAGUUCCGUAGCAAAACCCGSAACAGAAUCCGCAACUUCACCUUCUACUGAAGACUUGACAACAUCAUUAACUUACGAUAGAACAACAACCUCUACUUACGGACGCACAGCUACUCAAGACRUAACAACAUUUACGACUACUGAACCRUUGCCACAUAMURAAACCGUAACAACAGCCGUAACURAGCCAACGUCUCGAACUGAAGACAAUGGUUAUACAGUAACAGCUGAGACCGCUACUCAACCCGUAACAACCGUUAAUAACAAAGGCAGUAAUGUAAUAACGCACGCUAGCGAAAACGGUAAAACCAUUUCACCCGUAACAGAAACAGUAGCGCAUGAUAGCGAAAGCGGUAAAACUGAGCAUGCUAACCGACUAACAUCCACAGACAACAAAUGGGRAAUAAGUACMGAAGAAUUAGUCGGACUAGUGACCGAUGUCAUUAUCCCUCAUGYGGAGUCGACUACAAGUCCAAAUAAACCAAGAACAACUUCAUUUCAGACGAGCACCUCUGAAAACACAGGAAAAACCAAGUGUCAAACGAUGCAGAUUAAAGCUGAAUCUCCAUUGAUUGGAGCAUUUUACCCAGAAUGCAAAGAGAAUGGUGAAUUCCAGGAAAAGCAAUGCUGGGGGUCUACAGGAYAUUGCUGGUGUGUUGACCAGGAAGGCAAUGAAAUUCCAGGAACAAAAGUCCAGUUCAAACAACCAAACUGUGCUCUUGCAGAGACAUCGACUACGGCUCAACCAAGUACAACAGAAAGCAUUGCUCCUAGCACCAAGGUGACGAAACAAAAAAGACAGAAAGAUGUUCCUGCUUCCCCACCAACAAAAAAGAGCAAACGGAAAACUAAAACYACACCRAAAACAGGUAAUCRGAACUUGAAUGAAUGGAAGGAAUUGUUCGAUCGAUCGAUCGUUUGA